GCUCCCUGGCAUGGACGACCGGGGGGGCGGUUGGAGGGACGACGAGAGACCCUGCGAGGAAGGGGAGCGCGAGCAGGCGGAAGCGUUCGAAGGAGAGGUAGUUGGGCUCGCCGGGGCCGCGGCGGCGGAGGCGCUUGAGUCGGACUGGUCUUUCAUCGACUGCGACAUGGAUACGGUCUCGCUGCAAGACCUGCCCAGUGCGCUCAUCGCCUGCAACCUGCCUCUGGGAGUCUUCUUUGGCGACGGCCCGUGCAGGGCCAGAUUUGAAGCACUAUUUAGAACGUAUGAAAAGGAUGUCACCUUUCAGUAUUUUAAGAGUUUUAAAAGAAUAAGGAUAAACUUCAACAGCCCUUUGUCAGCAGCAGAUGCUAAAAUUCAGUUACACAAGACAGAAUUUCUUGGCAAGGAACUGAAACUGUAUUUUGCUCAGACUUUGCACAUUGGAAACCCACACUUAGCACCACCAGAUCCAGAAAAACAGUUCUUGAUUUCCCCUCCAGCUUCUCCCCCUGUUGGUUGGAAACAAGCAGAUGACGCCACACCAGUUAUUAACUAUGAUCUUUUAUAUGCAAUCUCCAAACUAGGUCCAGGAGACAAAUAUGAACUUCAUGCAGCAACUGACUCUACUCCCAGUGUUGUUGUCCAUGUUUGCGAUAGUGACGAGGAAGAAGAGGAAGAAGAUGGAGUCAAAAAACCAAAACCAAAAAUUAUUCAAACCAGGAGGCCAGACUACACACCAUCUUUCCAAAGCUGAACUAUAGCUAGAGCUUUAUCGUUGGAAAACUGACAUUCUCAAAGGAGAAGCUGGGGAACUGUGGAUGGUUAAAACUUGGAUGGCAUUAGAUGAAGAAAUGGAAAUUCUGCCAUUUAAGAAAGGGAAUGUCUUCAUUUCUAUGGUUUUAAUGCUCCACAUUGGCUGAUGAGACAGAUCCCUACAUGAACUUCCUAAAUGUCUUGGACAAGGUGAAGGCAUUAGGUGGGGGGAUAGAACUCUUGGUGUGUUAGAGUGAUUUUCAGGUACUCUAAAGCUCUGUAACAAAGCAGCCUUCUCUGUUUAUGUGUCUAUUCAGUGAUGGAUUCCUCUGAGUCAUAGAUUAGACAUUGUGGCUGCCGUUUUAAAAUUCAUUGGUGAAUAAGUCUCGUUGGAACCAACAGGACAUAGAAGCAUGUAUAUUUGGGAUUUCAGCUUGUACAUAGUAUGUGACGAUAACAGUUUUAAAGAUGAAGCUAGAGAGAAUUAACUUUUUUGUAUUAGUUUUGUGCAUGCAUAUAGAACUUCAAAAGUAAGUUUGCUUAAUUUAUUCUGUCAUUUCUAAUUUUAUAUUACUGAGAAAAUGAAAAAUUAUCUCAAGUACUAACUUCCCAGGCUUUUUGCUGAAUUAUGGUUGAAUUGUCAUUCACUUUUCAGUGGGAACACAUUUUUAAUUUACACUUUCUAUUUUGAUGUAAUAUCCCUUUUUGAUGUUGACUGCCAGUGUUUGGUUUCAUCUAGCAACCCUAUGAAAUGUGUGCAUAUUUUUAAGUGGAAAGAUUACUCUCAUUUCUAAAUGAACUUAUUUGUAUUGGUUUAAGCCAUCUUGAUUUCAACCAGAAAUAAGUGAAGACUUGCAGGCAAAGCUUUUGCUGCUUUGCUACAGUUCACAACAGUGAGAGAUAUAAGCUAUUCUGUCCUAGCCACAAAUGUGUUCGUUGGUAGCUGUUGCUAUUAUGUGUUGUUAGUGGUAUUUGAGCACAUUUAGUGUAUAAACAAAUGGGGAAUGUGGCAUUUGAGAAGGAUGGAGUGCCUUUCCCCCCAUAUAUUCCUGAGGGGAUCAUUACACUAGCUGAAAAUUUCGCUUUUUCGUUAAUUGGCAGUGGAUAUUUGAUAUCAGUGUAUUCUGCUUAGGCAUCGGAGUAUGGUGUAAUUUGCAGUGUUUGAUGCCAAGCUUUGCUAUAAGUGCGGCAUUCUGUUAUCUGCUGCUAAAGGCGAGCAGCAAAUGUUCAAUCAUUUUUUGUGUCAUGUUUACAAAAACUCAACUAACUGCAAAGUGACAUCCCAUUUUGUUCCUAGAAAUUUCCUUUGACUAAGAAUGCUUGAAUUGAACUUCGAGAGGCUUUUAAAAAAAUAAACACUUUGGACUAUUUGUCAUGAUUAA